CUGCUAUAGCAAAUGAGCAUGGUUGCAUCUGUUGUAAACAUCGCUAGUCUUCAUUUAUUACUGAAAAGUUUUAAUUCAAUUGUUUGAAAACAGUUGAUUUAUAAAAAAAACAGUCAAGAAUGGAAGAGGAAACAGAACAUUUAGCUGCAAUGUUAUCUAUUGUAGAUGAACAGUCACACAAAUUAACAGAAUUUUUAAACUCUGAAGAUUUGAAACCAGAUCUAUCAACAAUAUUUUCAUCUUCUAAAGACAUAAAAACAGAAUUUAAAACAUUUUCAUCUAUGGUUAAUGCAAAACCCAACAUGACAUUCUCAGCUUCUCAAGAUGAUAAACCCUAUACUACAACAGAAUUUUCAUCUUCUAAUGACACAGAAACAGAAUUUUUAAGUUUUUCAUCUUUUGAUAAAUUUCCACCCAACAAAUCAUUUAUAAGCUUGCAAGAUGUUAAACCUGAUGUUACAACUGAGUUUUUAAUUUGUAAAGAUAAAAAGCCUGCUGUAUCAACAUUAUCAACAUCUGAAGAUAACAAAUUAGAAGUCACAACUUUAUCAACUUGUGAAGAUUCAAAACCAGAUUUAUUGACAGGAUUUUUAUUUUUUGAGGAUAAACAACAAAAAGGGCUUGAACUUCAAGUUGAAGAAAAUCUCCAGUUUUCUAGAGACAAAAGAUACCAGAUUGUUCCUAGUCACAAACACAAAUGGUUUUCUCAAAGUUCUAACUUAAAAAAACAUGAAACAGGUCAAGAAGAAAAUGAGCAAGUUGAAUAUGAUGGUGACCAUGAGAAUCUUUCUCAAAGUUGUAAUUUCAGUAAAAAUAAAAAAGAGCACUCAAGAGAUAAGCUAUACAUAUGUAAUGUUUGUAAUAAAAGGUUCUCUUAUCAUAGUAGAUUAUAUACUCAUGUGAAAAUGCAUAUUGUAGAUAAGCCACAUGAAUGUGAUGUUUGUCAUAAAAAGUUUGGUCUGAAGAGAAAUUUAUUACAACACAAAAAUGUUCAUUCAGGAGAUAAGCCAUAUAAAUGUGAUGUUUGUCAUAAAAGGUUUUCUCGAAAUUUUCAUUUAAGAACACAUAAAAAGGUUCAUUCAGGAGAAAGGCCACAUGAAUGUGAUGUUUGUCAGAAAAGGUUUGCAUAUAACUCUAAUUUAAAAACACAUAAAAGGGUUCAUUCAGGAGAUAAGCCACAUGAAUGUGAUGUUUGUUAUAAAAGGUUUUCUCAAAGUUCUAAUUUAAGAACACAUAAAAAGGUUCAUUCGGGAGAAAGGCUACAUGAAUGUAAUGUUUGUCAUAAAAAGUUUAGUAAUAAAUCAAAUUUAUCAACUCACAAAAAUGUUCAUUCAGAAGAUAAGGCAUAUGAAUGUGAUGUUUGUCAGAAAAGGUUUGCAUAUAAUUCUAAUUUAAAAACACAUAAAAGGGUUCAUUUAGGAGAUAAGCCACAUGAAUGUGAUGUUUGUUAUAAAAGGUUUUCUCAAAGUUCUAAUUUAAGAACACAUAAAAAGGUUCAUUCGGGAGAAAGGCUACAUGAAUGUAAUGUUUGUCAUAAAAAGUUUAGUAAUAAAUCAAACUUAUCAACUCACAAAAAUGUUCAUUCAGAAGAUAAGGCAUAUGAAUGUGAUGUUUGUCAGAAAAGAUUUGCAUAUAAUUCUAAUUUAAAAACACAUAAAAGGGUUCAUUUAGGAGAUAAGCCUUAUGAAUGUGAUGUUUGUUAUAAAAGGUUUUCUCAAAGUUCUAAUUUAAGAACACAUAAAAAGGAUCAUUCGGGAGAAAGGCCACAAGAAUGUAAUAUUUGAUAUGUAAUAUUUGUCACAAAAAGUUGACUCAGAAGAAUAAUAAUUUGUUAUGACAUAAAAGUGUUUUUACAGGUUAUAAGCCAUUUGUCUGUAUGAAAGAUUUUCUCAAAGUUCUUAUUUAAGUGCACUUGAAAAAGUCAUUCAAGAGACAAGCCACAUUAAUCUGGUAUUUGUCAGAGAUUUUUUCAAAGUUCAUUCAGGAGAUAAACCACAUGAAUGUUGAUGUUUGUCACAAAAUUUUUUUGUUAAAUAUUUAAUUUAAAUAGUCAUAAAAAAUUGAUUCUAGAGGUAAGCCAGGAAAUUCAUCAUGACUAAAAACCAAUUUAAUGUCAUUUUUAACAUAAAUAAUUAAUACUAGAGCAAAUUAUUAUUGAAUAUCUUGUUAUACAUUUUUUUCUUCACAUAACUUUAACUAGAGGUCAUCCAAUAGUGGGCCAUAGUUUAUUAAUUUUAAUAUUUGUAUUAUAAAAAGGUUGUUUUGUCAAAGAGUAUACCAUGUCAAUUAUUAUACAUACUCUAAAAAAAAUAUUGUAUUCUGACUGUAAAAGGAAAUAGCAUUCUAUUAUGUCAGCUGCAUGUGUACACUUUUUUUCUUUAUGUAACCUACUUUUUUGGUGUUAUUUUUGUUGAAAGUAAGUUAAGCUAUCGCUUUAGAAACCUAGGGUUUUCUUUUUAUACCGGCAUGGUUUUGUUCAGGUCACACAGUUAAUUUGCCUGUUCUUUUCACAUUAUAUAAAAUUGACAAUGCACAUUCAUUGAGACAAGGAAGUGAAUUAAUUAUACUCAAACCAAUUACACUCAUUAUUAACAAUAACAGAAGCUAACUAACAUAAAACACAAAGUUCAAUCAAUUAAUUUACAUUUAAUAGAUGUUUACAAUAUAUAAAGCCCCUACGUAACAAUUCUCAUUCAUAACUUUACACAUUUACACUAUUCACAAACAGCUCAUGACAAUAUUAGGUUGAUAGGCCUACAGUGACUUCUGAGCAGACAAUCUUUUUUUAAUAAACACUUUUUCAUCUUUUGCUAAAUGACCUUAA